GCCGCUGCAGCGAAAGUCACACAGACUCACCAACAGGCAGUGUAGUCGAUCACCGAUAGUCACCACAGUCAGCGACAGCAGGGACGACCCAACAGUUACACGAACCUGUUCGAAGGCUCAAGUCACAUACUAGUUCGCUCGGACAACGCUUUCACAUUUGGAUCUUAUGGCUGAGAGUGAGGAUAUCUUUCUCAGGGCUGAACAUCGGACUUUCAGCGGACUGACUGAAGAUGCAGAGCGUGAGUGGACGGGACCAUUUUGCUUCAUCCAGGCCGCCGACCCCCAGCUCGGGCUGAUGAAGGCCUGGAGAGAGGGCGACUGCGACGGCGGAGGGGACGAGUGGGCCGAGGAGGUCGAGCUCACCAAGCAGGCCGUGGAGGCGGUAAACCAGCUCAGACCCAGGCCCAGGUUCAUGGUGCUGUGUGGCGACCUGGUCCAUGCCAUGCCAGACACCCCAUUCAGAGAAGGUCAGGAGCGAGACCUGAAGGUGGCCUUGAAGGGGACAGAUCCCUCCAUCCCGCUGGUGUUUGUCAGCGGGAACCAUGACCUGGGAAACACCCCCACUCCUAGGACACUGGAGCAGUACUGCAGUGCUUGGGGAAAUGACUAUUUCAGCUUCUGGGUGGGCGGAGUCUUUUGCCUGGUUCUGAACUCCCAGUUGUUCUACGACGCCUCGGCCUGCCCUCAGCUGAAGGAGGCCCAGGAGACGUGGCUGGAGGAGCAGCUGAGCAGAGCUUCCUCCCCAACGGAACCCAAACCCAAACACAUCCUGGUGUUCCAGCACAUUCCUCUGUACCUAAAGAGCCCCGAUGAGGAGGACAACUACUUCAACCUGCAGAGGGAAGUCAGACAAAAUCUGCUGGACAGGUUCAAGAGGGCAGGGGUGAAAGCGGUGUUCUCCGGCCAUUAUCAUCGAAACGCCGGCGGUUGCCACGACGGCCUGGACAUGGUCGUGAGCUCGGCCAUCGGGUGUCAGCUCGGCGAGGACACCCACGGCCUCAGGGUGGUCGUAGUGACCGCCGACGACAUCGUCCACCGCUACCACAGUCUGGAGCAGCUGAGCGUGCACGGCAUGGACGAGGACCUCAGGAAGCUGCUGCAGGUCUGAAGGCCAAAGGAGGGAAAAUCUGAAAAAACUACAACAAUUUGGGUUUUCAGUGAAUUGUUUUUUGUUUUAUAGCAUUUUGAGCCCCUGUUCUUAGAGGCACUCAAGAAGGUUUUUGGAGACUGGCGCGUUGGUCAACACGUCAGCACAUAAGAAUGUGAGAUAUUAAAUUCAUUCAUACUGU